AUGGAAAACCAAGCCUCGUCGAUGCAGUUCCUCCUCCUCGAACAGGUUCAGUUCUUGAAGGUAAAUGACGAUUCUCUCUUGCAGUGGGAACUUGUAGAUGUCGUUGACGCCGAAGAGGAUUUCGACGCGUUCGAUUCUUCGGAUUCUUCCGAUUCCUGUCCCACCCGUGCCCCAAUUGAAGAAAUUCGCCAUCUUGUUCUUCGUGAGAGUUUACAGGAUCACCGUGUGGUGGAUGGCGAAUCGGAGGUAGAAUCGGGUCUAGAAACUCGCCACUACGAUUACCCCCAUCGUGAUGUUGAUGACGGUGACUAUGACGAGGAUGAUGACGAUGAUGGGUAUGGUUUGGAUGAUGAGCUUGUUCCGUGGACGGUGAGCAACAAGUUCGGGAGACAGAGGAUGAGGAAAUUGGGGAAAAGGGCAUUUUCGAAAAUGCACAAUUCCAAAAAAUCUCCUUAUCUGUUUGUGAGGCCUGGGUGUGUCCGUGGCAAGCAUGGUUUGGGCCUUAAGCACGUUACUGACUCCUAA